AGCCGGAAGCGCCGCUCGCGCACUGGGCUGGUGUGUUGUUGCAAACAACACUGUUGCUGCAUAGAGCUAGUGCUCCUGCUGCUCACCAACAACGCCGCUGGUCUUCAUGUUCAAGGUGUUCAAACAGAAGGGAUCGGCGUCCAUGCAGAUCAUUGCAGUGAGAAGGGAGCAUGUGCGGAGGAUUGGACUCCUGCUUCUGAUUGCAGUGGCUCUGUUGUUGUACAGACUCAGGUUCCAUUGGAUAUCCCUCACUCCAAAAAGAAUGCAGAGCAGAAAUUUAGGAUUGCAGGCCAACAAAGAAUAUUUUCAAUUGGAGGGAAAUAAGUUUUUAAUUCUGGGCGGAUCAAUGCACUAUUUUCGUAUUCCACGGGCGUAUUGGUCUGACCGCAUGUUGAAGAUGAAAGCCUUGGGUUUGAAUACUUUAACAACGUAUGUUCCAUGGAACCUUCAUGAGCCAGAGAGGGGGACGUUUAAUUUUAAAGAUGAUAUUGAUCUUGAGGCCUAUCUCAAACUAGCCAAUGACUUGGAUUUAUGGGUCAUAUUGCGCCCAGGACCAUAUAUCUGCUCGGAGUGGGACCUUGGAGGUUUACCCAGUUGGCUGUUGAGAGACAGAAACAUGAAACUGCGCACAACGUAUGCUGGGUUUACUGAUGCAGUCAAUGCCUUUUUCAAUGUGCUAAUUCCUAAGGUUAUCAAAUUUCAGUACAAAAAUGGAGGUCCAAUUAUUGCUGUGCAAGUGGAAAACGAAUAUGGUGGCUAUGCCAAAGAUGACAACUACAUGGCUUACGUAAAAGAGGCCUUGUUAAGCAGAGGGAUAGUGGAGUUAUUAAUGACUUCCGAUAACAAAGACGGAUUAACUAAAGGAUCCAUUGCAGGAGUUUUACCGACUUUCAACUUUCAGAAGCUGGAAUCUGGACUAAUGUUAAUGAAAGAUCUAGAACCUGACAAACCUAAGUUGGUAAUGGAAUACUGGAGUGGCUGGUUUGACCACUGGGGUAGCGGUCACCAUGUCUAUCGGGAAGGAUUGCUGAAUACUCUUUCGGCUCUUUUAAGCAAAGGAAUUUCCAUCAAUCUCUACAUGUUCCAUGGAGGGACCAACUUUGGCUUUAUGAAUGGGGCACAAGACUUUGGCACCUAUAUUGCUGAUGUCACCAGCUAUGAUUAUGAUGCACCCUUGUCGGAAGCAGGAGAUUACACUGAGAAAUACAUGCAAAUUCGGAAUCUCUACAGCCACUACUUGGAUGAGGAAUUACCUGAAAAACCACAGCAUUUGUAUAAAUCACGAUAUGCUACCAUUCAUCCAAAGGAAUACAUUCCAUUAUGGGAUGCACUCAGUUUGUUAGAAAAGAUAAUUGAGAGUGAAAGACCUAUCAAUAUGGAGAACCUGCCAAUCAACAAUAACAAUGGACAAUCUUAUGGCUACACGUUAUACAACACAAUAAUAAAUAGUGGUGGAGUACUUAGUUCUGAGCAGAAUGUCCGUGACAGGGCACAGGUGUUUGUUGGCGGUCAGUCCAUUGGAUUUCUGGACUAUAAAAAUAUAGAAUUGACUAUUCCAGAUAUUAAGAGUAAACAAAAUUUAAGCCUUUUGGUGGAGAAUCGUGGUCGAGUGAACUAUGGCACUAAACUCGAUGAACAGCGCAAAGGUCUCCUGGGAGAUAUCUUUCUGAAUAAACAGUCUUUGAAGGGGUUUACAAUUUACCCAUUAGAGAUGAAACCAAGUUUCAUUGAGAGUUUCUCAGCUGUCAAACUGAAUUCUACUCGGGAAAACCCCGUUCUUCCUGCCUUCUUCUACGGCUCACUCUAUGUGGAUUCAAUGCCCUACGAUACUUUUAUAAGUCUUAAGGGCUGGGAGAAAGGUGUGGUGUUUAUCAAUGGAUUGAAUUUGGGCCGUUACUGGAAUAUAGGACCACAAAAGAGACUUUACUUACCCGCUCCGUGGAUACAACAUGGCAACAAUGAGAUUGUAAUAUUUGAAGAGAGCAAAGCUGGAAAAACAAUUGAGUUUGCGAAUCAGCCUGACCUUGGACAAGCUGAACAUGUGUGAAGAUAAGAGCAAAGACUUUUUUUAAACUUUCCUAUUAACUUUUUACAUUCUGGUGAAGGAAAAGCAGCCAGUCGUACUGUGACUAACCAACACUUCCUUUUGAAUACUGAAAUUAAAUCAUCUUUGAAAUGUUUUGGAACAAUUGAUUUGAAAUAUAGAAUUGUCUAUAUUUAAAGUUUAAACGUGUUACACUAUGGGUAAGUAUGUAGAUGGCCAUUAUACAUUUUGAAAUGUCUCUGCCCACAUUUAAUUAAGGCAUCAACUUGUUUGAAAUUAAUAAAUAUUUCAUUCACUGAAUGAAAGGGUGAAACACUAAGAACAAUAGUGUGAGAUUUAUUCAUUUGUGUACAGUAUUUAAGAAAAUAAAUCUAUUUAGUAUGUUGGGCCUUUUAAUUCUCCCAGAUGUAAUAAUUUUACAUUUAACUCAAUUUUUCAUUCACUGGACAUGAAUUUGUAAACUGGGAAGAUUGCACUAAAGAUGUGAAGGUGUGACAUUUAUAACUGCAAAUUCCAUAAUGUUCUUAAAAUAUUGUAACUAAUGGAAGAUUGUACAAUUGAACAAAACCUGGAUGUCAAAGAAAAUUAAACCUCGCUCUUCCUUUGUU